AUCUUUAAGAUGACAGGAUACUUUUUUACAGGCAAUUUUUUUCUAGUUUUUUACAGGUGACUUAUUAAUUUACACGUUAGAAAGGGUGACGUGAAGGUGAAUCUGUGACGGUUGAGAAGAUGAUGUAAAAUGCAGAAAUAAGCGCUGGACGAAAGCUUCAUCUACUGGCUGCUUCUGGAAAGCAUACAUCCAUGCUGGCGCAGGACAGCAUGACUACGACCUCCUACUAGACGAAAGUAUCACGUCUUCUAUUUCCCAGUGAAGAAAUACAUCAGGUCUCAGUAAAGCUAAAGGUCAACACCUCCAACGGUCUAUUAGCUACGGGCAAGAACGGUUAUACUACGGCAGUGGUAGUGGAGGCCUCCAACAACGACGUUUACGGUCGAAAAAUUAUAGCGAGAGAACAAUUUAGAUAAAGACGACUUGUAGCAUAAACAUACUAUGCCGCGGCAUAGGUACAGACUUAUAUUUUAGAUGAGUGUCAACUGUCAAGUAUACCCUCCCUACUUGAGUAUCUUCUGUCAGAAGUAUCUUCUCUCUUUGCUCUAUCACCUCCACACUUCUAAUCAAAAGAAAGAAAUAUACCUCAAAAGCUGAAGCGUCUUUUAUCUCCCACCGACUGUGUAAGUGUAUGGCACUGACUGGCGCUUGUUCUGGAAAUUAUACUUAUAGAAGGUGAAGACUGAAGAAACAAGAUUAUCUCUCAUCAAAGACCAAGAUCAGGGACUACUGCUCUUGAUGUAAAUAGAAAGAGGAGGACUCCUCUUGCUCACUGUAAAUACAUAGAAGUAAAUAGAAAUAGUGGGUGUCUGCUGGUCUAUAAUACAACUGCUUUCCGACCCUAGCCUUUCAUUUAGUACAUAAGUAUCACCUUCAUCAUAGUUGAGUUCAGUUGUUCAUUAUCAUCUGAAGCUGUGCCACUGGAGCAACUUCCACCAUUCUCUGGAUACCGCGACGCACAGGGGAAUCGCAUAGAGAGACCACCAAGGAUCAGAAAGCGCAGAAAAUACCUAGUUAAGGCCGUAGUUAAGUUUCAAUAUUUUCACUAUCCCAGCAUGAUGACGAUGACCCAUCAUGCGUGCUGGUCUCAUCCCAUGAUCCCAGGACCCAUGUGCGUGGAGUUGUAUGUGGACCCACUUAGGAGUAUGCUCCUAGUUAGUAAUGGAGUCCCAAGCCCCUUUGGCUCCUUAAAGACUAGCGCUAACUUCGAGAAGAAGAGACUGAAGCCGCCGAAAAUGGAGCAGAGUUCGGGGAUCGAUUGGUGGAGUUCCUGGACUUCUUUAGAACUUGAAGCUCAUGAGUAGUACUCGGGAGUAGUCUGCUGCAAUGCAUAUUCUUGAUACUCAUCUUUAGAUCAAUCUAUUAUUCACCCACUAGCACUUGCCUUCUAGUUGUCCGGUAAUGUUGAUGAACAAUAUUGACUUUUACUCAGAAUCAAACCUAGACAACGCGUCUGAAAUAGCUCCUAGAGACAUUGUGAAUUGUAUACCGUCGAGUAAGGUAAAUAGAGAGCUUCGAGUUGUAGCGAGUUGCUCGAGUUGCUGAAGCGAAGGGCCCCAACUCUGGAACGAGUUGCCACAAGGAGCCCGGCGCACCCAAAUGGGGCGGAGCAGGGCGGCGCGGGGGAAAAAGAGCUCGCUCCGCAUGCGGAGCGCCGUCUUGGCGACCUCCCCCGCAAAAGAAGGCCGGGGAGGCGUUGCCCCGUCCCGUUUGGGAUCGACAGCGGCGCGCCGCUCCCCACUAGGUGGCGGGGAGCAGGUGCCCCGCCCCCCCUGUGGUUUGGUUGGGGAGUCUCAAGCUGGGUUCUGGUUUUCGUCCCGCUGCGUUGCUGUGUGAGGGGUUCACACAGGGGGGGUUUGGAGCCUGCUUGCGGCCGAAGGGUGCCGCUGUGACAUGGGGGACAAUGCGGCGGGGGCUGAUGUGUGGGCAGGUAGCAAUAGGUGCGGUUUCAUGUUGGUGGGCAACCGGGUGGGCUGUUGCCGCACCCCCCCGGGCCCCACGGUUGGACCCUUUGCGAACAUUCGACUGCCCCCCUUUGCAGUCUUCCGCUAGCGGACGCCCCUCUUGCCGGCCCGCAGGUCUCUUGUUUUCUCCUUUGACGUCUCGUGGAGGCUGCGCUCGCAGGCCGCAGCGAAAUAAUUUGCGUGCGCAAUUCGAGUAACUCGAGCAACCCGAGAAACCCGGGCCGAACCCGUCAAAAAAAAUUAAUUCUCCUAGAGAAAUGGCAAAUAGGUCGAGACUGAAAAUCGUCACCAGUUCUUCAAGAAGCAGGGAACGUGAAGAAGUAGCACUCGUCUAAUAUACGAAAGUGGAAAAAUUAUACCAGAAGGUGUCACUUCGUCUUGGCAGCCACCACCUUUCACCAAUAGACGACAAAAUGGAGGAGGAGGCUCCUUAAGAAGAAACUGAAAUGGUCUGGGUAAGUAGGUCUUCUAGGUUGUGGAAGAUGUCUUGGUUAGUUUUGAGGUCUGUGCAAUAUGAAAGCAUUUGCCAUCGCCGUCCAUGAUGUCGACACUCGUCGAUGUCGUCAUCCUACUUUCCUGCUCAAAGGACUAUUUCAAGGAUUUUUCGUGCUAGUACAACCAUCACGCCACCCUACUAAGUUGUUCCUUCCACUUUCAUUACAGCAGCGUUUGUCAGACUACGGAGAGGAAGGAGAUGAAGAGGAGGCUUUGGUUGGUAGUGGUAGCAGGAAAGAAAAGUCGUUACGAUUUACAUUUCAUUGAAAAAAACCAAGAUCUAGAUCAUCUACAAGAUGCUUGUAUUAACACGACGACGCUUCUCUGGUUGUAUUCCACCUAAAAAUAACCUCUUGAGCGUUUCUUUUUACAAUGAGUCUACUAGCUUGGCUCCACCAGCUCUCAGGAGCAGCUCCACUAUAAUUCACUAUGAAUACUGCAAAAGCAAACCCAAACUGUUGCUCAUUGUAUGAACAUGAAGCUCGCUGUGAGGGCGUGGUCGAGGCACACUAUCCUAUUCGAAAAGUGAAAGCAAGCGAGUUACUGAGUGAAGUAAGAGAGUCUUGGCUACAUUCCUCUUACUUCAGCAUCCCCACAUUUUCAGUAUUUACUGCUCGCUUGUCUCAGUUUAUGGAAUAUAUUUAGAGGCUACCUCUAAGCAUCUACCAAAACCCUACAAGAAAUAGAACAACCACCACAUUGGGUACUCGAUUAUCGACGUCUUUUUGCGGUCUACUCCUGAUCCUGUGCGGCAUGGUCACACUCGUUCUCUUCGCUUUCGUGUGGACCGGAGGCGAUUUAUGAAAGAGUAUUACUCUCCUUCGUCUUCGUAUCUUGUUCCCUAUUACUAGAAGGAGGUGGUGAAGAUGAUUAUGCUUUUAGGAGGUACUACUUGUAGAUAAAUUAUUAUUGAGCACUAGAAGGUCUCCUCCAAGAACCCAUAACAGAAGGUUGUAGAAGAACUAAGUAUCUUCUUUUAGUUUUAGAAGAGUACUAGUUUAUUUACAUGUACGUGUACGAUUAUAGUCGAAAGUAGGACUCAGUGAAAAUUAUCUUCGAGUUAUCCGUUCCAAUUACAUCUAUGACACUGAAUUCUCGAGUUGUUCACUCUAAUUACUUUUACGACUUUGACUGCGCCGCUAUUUUCCAGGGGAAGGGAUCAGUCGACUAACGCAUCCUCUGGCGUUUCUGGCAUCCUACAGCACGACCCUUGGAAGUUCGUAGAAAGGCCAGAGGGUAAGGCUUUCGCUCCACAGGAGAAGGACAAAACACUACCUGUAGCUCCACAGGAGAAGCGGAUGGACAAGAUACAGGAUGACGAGACGCAGGACGCUCAGAGCUACGGCAUUGCUUCAGCCGUGUGACAGUUGUGAGACUCAAAAUAAUUACCUAGACUCCUCGAUGAAUGAUCAGUCUGGCACAUCCACAUCGUCACUCAAAAAUCUCCCAUAGUGUGGCACUUCAGUCAGAGUCAAUAUUUCUUAAAUAUAAUACAUGACUUUUGCAACAAGCAUAGGCCAGCCACGACGUCUAAGCCUGACCGGUUGAGAAGAUGGCUAAUGCUUAUACGAUGGAUGUCGAAGUGAAGGCGGACGGGCUUGCGGUCGCGCUACCUGCACGAACCAACCGGUCAUCCUCGCAGUCGAUGAUUGAGGCUCAACAACGCAAGAACGUGUACUAGAUAUUGAGUUAGCUUCUUUCUCUUACACUCUACUUUGGAUGAUAAUUGAAAAACUCUUUGGAUGAAAAUCAAAAUGUCAUUUCUACAAGGUGUUGCUUCGCGUCUUUUCCUUCUCAGGACACAGUGAGAAAAUGAAAGUAAGAAUAAGAAACGAAGUACAACUUCUAGUAGUACGUAGUACCUACUAGGACUUAUUUUGAUUUUGUCAUCCGUUUCCGUGAAGAUACAUUGAGUUUGAGAAGACAAAGUACUUCUUGAGGCUCUACUACAUCUAAGACGAUGCAAAUGACCCAAGGAGAAGCCUUUGGUGACGAUGCUGAGGGAGAUCAGUACUUGGCUGAGAUUUAUUUAAGCCUAGCUGAUUGCUUAAACUAAGUUUAAGUUACUUUACCUGUUAAAGUCAUCUUGUUCUUAACUUAUUUUGAAAGAAACUUCUAAGUUCUUAGCUGGACACCUCAGACACUUACACGGCAACAUGCCACGACUCAAUCUACUCCAGAGAACAGGAAAAAGUUUCUUUUUUCUUUACAUAUUCUACUUCUGUGUGAUACCUAGCGCCUCUUUACGUUUAUUUCUGUGUGAAGUAGUAAAAUAUUAGUCCCAAUCCAUACAUUUUCUGCGUGAGGCAUACCCAAACCCUAUCGUCCUCCUGUGGAAGUAUCCCACAUAACAACUAGUGAAAAGAAACUAGCGUUAAUUUAUGCCCAGAUGGGAUCUGCCACUCCAGUUCAAUUUGCACCAUGCGCCGCGAAUGGGAAAGACUCACAUGAUCAAUGCCAAGCGCAACACUGUCUUUAGGGCGACGACUACUAGUUUCUAGCUAUCCUCGUAUAUGUCGAUCGUGUCGUACUUAUUAGAAGCUGAAGCAUUAGCGUUUCUUCUUAAAUUAUAGCUUUAGCUAUCGAUAUUUCAAAAAGUAAAUUGUAAUCAUCUACUGCAAGAGGAAUCUUCGGAUGCCAUCUGCAAAAGGAAAACAAGGAAGAGGAUCAUCCUCCUCAUCGUCCUUGAGGCUGCAUACAACUCGUAGUUGAGCGGUUCUUUCGUCCACUGUAGUAAAUAGUACUGGAAGAUGUAUGACGCCGUCAUCUGCUAGUGCUAGUUGUAGCAGAAACUGAUAUGAUGCCGCGGACCUAGAAGUAGUUUUUUACUAGCUUUAAAAGCGCCAUCAAUAGUAGAGUACAUUCAGCAUCUAGGAUUAGGCGCUCUUGUUCGAAACCCAACAUAAGAACAAUAGGCGUUUGGUACAUUUGCACGAAAAAACAAAAGAUGUGAAAGUAGUAAGCUCCAGAAUUUCUUGCUUGUUCCUAGAUGGAUCUAACUUGUUAGAGCAAUGCGGGAGGACCGUGGGUUUUUGGAAAGUAGAUUGGAUUACUUGAGGCGCAGUAACAAGUGGGUCUGGCACGAUGACUGGUCGAAGCAAUACCAUUACGGUGGACGUGGGGGGUUAAUAAAUUCUAAUUUUUAAUGAGUAUGCAGCUGUAGUAAAGAACACUUGACAGAAAGUCCUCUAGUUGUUUUUCUUUCAGAUUGUUCAGUUGUAUCUCGCUUAAUUUACGCACGUACUUGCUUACUUCAGUCUAGCGAAUAUCCAGGGCUGUUGGACGACACGCGGCGCCUAGAAUAGACGGAUCCUACUUAGUUUGGCCAAUACUAUAAUUCUGUAAUUGUAUACCAUUUACCUAACCUUAUCUUUUUCCUAGUUAGCUUGGCUCCACCCGUAUUAUAACGAGCAUUUAGUGAUGUAAAAAUACUAACGGACCAUGAUGAAGAUGGUGCAGGUCUGAAGCAUGACAUGAACCAGAAUAGGCAUAGGGUGACUACUUGCCUCUUUUUUCUUUAUUUAGGUCUGGCAAAGCAACAUCUUUAACACUUUGAGGAUACAGUGAGGGUCUCAACAGGAAGAGGAUGAGCAGGCACAAGAAAACUCAGCUUUAAAGAUUCCUUUGCAAGAUCGUUACCUAGGUUUGGUGUAAGUCAAGGAGCUCUGGUCUAAGUCAAGGUCUAGCAUUCUCUUUGUUCAUCUACGUAAAUACUUUAUACUAAACAAGAAGCUAGCUCAUAAAAUCGGUCAGGCGGUCCAAUAGAAGGGAGUAGAGGGGGCGCGAUAGGAUCAGAGGAAAUGGGAGCUGAAAGAUAGAUAUCAGUUGGUAGUCCUUCUGCGGCUGCACAUGUUCGCUCGAUGCUGCAGGUCACACUCUGGACGGCGAAUCAGUUCCUAUCCUCUGUAUCCUUCAACGAGCUUCGCUCUCCACUCUAAGAAGAAGGGGACUCUUCCAUGCAACCUAUGGUUUACUUGGAUGUGGAUGGCACAGCAGCGCCAUUUCCGACACUACUGCCGGCACAAAGGCUCCACUGGGUCGAGGCCAUGAGCGAGGCAAAGCAAGAUUAUGCGAGGAAGCUGAUGCACUAGAUUUUUAGAGCAGGCGUGGUCCCGACAUUAGACUAGAUUAUCGCGUUCCCGACAUUGCUGCAUGAUUAGACCACUGAACUAUAGAGCCGAAACCGUCAGGGAAGUCUCAGGCAAGCUGCCGUAGAUCCGGACCAUCAUAGUCGAGAGAGAGCCAGAGGACGAGGGUCGGAGUCCGUGAGGCUUAGUAGAGUACCCUAAUCAUUCACUUGAAAGUGAUUAGUUGAUCUUGCUCCAUUAGGGUGGAAGCAUGAGGAUCUUCUAGAUCUACAUCUAGCCUUACCAAGACGAAAAAGUGUGCUCUCAAUUAACAAUAACAUUUGUUUUGUUACAUGACGCUGCGCCAUCUCCUGCUAGGCAAAUUGAUCCACUCAGUCGCUCACUCUUAGCUACAUCAGUGUGGGCCAAUCAAUCAUCGACCACCUGUCCUCGGUAUUUUCCUUUUCUAAAAAGCUGCAAUCGAUGCGAAUGUCGGGCUCGUUUAUUCGACAGGAAAUAGCCUGUUCAUGAUGCAAGCACGAGGGCUCUUGUCACAGGAUGAAGCUUACGAGGGGAUGAAGCUCAGUACUUACUCUCUAGUAGCAGAAGUGCUACCUGUUGGCGUCGCUUCCGCGCAGGUGAAGGUGUGUCGUUCUCGUUGAAUUUUCGGCAAGACACAAGCAACGCGCGCCCCGGGUUUCCUCUCACAAUAUAGGUAGUGGCUAGAUAUCGCGAAGGCCUUGGGCCUUCUUUGCCAUGCUCUAGCCCCUCGCGUUUGCCUUGGCUGUUGCCCGUUUUGUUCCACCUCGCUGUCCCCACGUCUUUGCGUGCCUUCGUUCGCCUCCCUUGCCUCCACCUCCUUGCCCCCACCUUCCUGCCCCCACCUCCUUGCCCCCGCAUCCUUGCCUCCCUCUCUUUGGCUCCAUAUCGAUCCUUGCCCACACCUCCUUGCCCGCAUUUCCUUGCCCACACGUCCUUGCCGACACAUGCUUGACUCCGCGUCUUUGCCUUUGAGUUUUUGCCUCUCUUAUGUUUUUCACAUUUCUAGUGAAGGUUAGGCACGUCUUAGGAAGGCAAGAUUGAAGAUGGAACGCAUUCAAGUUAAUAAAGCGAAACAUAUUGUAGUUGAAAUCAAACGCUUUCUAGUUGAAGUUCGAUGCUCACUAGUUAAAAUUCAAAAUAUUCUAGCUAAAGUCAAAAACUUUCUAGUUGAAAAAUUCGACGCUUACUAGUUAGAACCAAGCGUGUUCUAGUUAGAAUUCAACACAUACGGGCUAAAGCCUGGCACGAACUUUCUAGAAUCAAUGGCGUUCGAGCUAGAAUUAGACACGUUGUUCUAGCCAAAUUUCGACGCUUCCUAGUUAAAAUCAAGCUCGGUUUUGUUAAAGUUCGACACUUACAUACUAGAUAAAGCUCGACGGCUACUCGCUAAAAUCAAGCGCGUUUGAGUCAAAGCUUUCCACUCAAUAGCGAUAGCUCGACGCUUACUCGUUGAAAUUAAGCGCGUUCGAGUUAAAGUUUGACACUUACUAGCUAAAGUUCGGCAUAUGAACACAGUCAGGCACCCAAAGCCGAAAGGGUGGAGUGUUGCGGUUGGUUUUAUAUUUAUUCUGACGAAUCGCGACACCCUGUAGGGAAGCCGAAAAGAGCGAAAUGCUUGCUGGAAUGUAGUCAUUUCCAUGAGCCACAAGGGCCGCCAGGAUCUUUCUCAAAGAAUAAGAACCACCAUGAGGCCCAGAAGAUCUGACCAUGAGGCCCCGAAGGGUCUCACUUCCACACUGUAUCUUUUUGAGAUGGGGACUGUCGUAACGCGGCACUUGUUUGCUACAAUUCGACACGCCCUAUCCGGAGUUCCAGUUUGGCACCUACUUGCUAAAAUUAAACACGUUCGAACUGCUACUUCUUGUUAAGCGGUGGACUUCGUCGUCAUAUUCUUGCUCUUGGCGAGUGUCCUUACAUACUUACGACCUUCCUAUGCUCUACAGGAGCUCGUCUUCCUUUCCUCUCUAAUAUGUGCGAUACGAGAAGGAGAAAAAGGCUUUAUACGCAGUAUUGUUAAGGCGUAAUAAUAGUAAACGGCUCUCUCCACCAUCUUCGCCUUCCUUCGCUUCUGGAGACACUCACGCUUAACGUAAUGACUACACUACCGUAGAAGUACAUUACAUAUAGCAUGGCUUUCCGCAAUAGUUGCACGGCAAAACGCGUCAAACUGAAACAAAUGAGACAGGCCUCUCCCAUGAGUCGUCGACCUACUGUCGUAUGAGACGGAUUCCCUCGCAUCCUAACCUAUCCCAUCCUGUCCUAUGCUAUGCUACUCGGGGGAAGCCGCCACGGCGUCAAAGUCAGAUAUAGUCUACUACUUCUUCAAGAUGCGUCAACAUUGAAAGACGAGAAAGCAGGAUGCAACUAUUGAAAGACACUCUGCUUGUUCUAGAUGCAAAGGGUGCCUUAAUCUUGAUACAAAUACUUCACGAUGACAAUUAUAAUCUACUAUCAAUAAAGUUGGAAUAUGUGCUCUCUUCUAAUCAGGUCUGGUGGUGCGCAGGUCUACGUGAAUGGAGACGUCGUCGUGAGUGACUACCUGUCAAAACUGGGUCGCACGCUGGAUCAUCUCCUGGAGGUGCAAGCCGAAAUGAUCAACUAAGGCCAGUAUAAUGAAGAAAUAUAAUUCGGAACGUGGAAUUAAAGAACUGAGCUACUGACUGAAAUACCAAGGGGCGUAUCUUUAUAAGGCUUCAUCGGCUACAACUCUGCCUUCUUUCAGUAUCUCGCUUAUUCCAGUGAGUUACUUGCUUAUUGCAGUUUGUUGGGAAAUCUAUCAAGGGUAGCUCCUGCUCAGUCUCUCGCCGUGGACAUGAACGAUAGAAGCACCAUAAAGGGUUGCGCUCAAUAGAUUCAUCACAUCUUCUCCGUUCCCCUUUAUAACCCACUUCUAGGAAGUGAUCGAUUGGAUAGGAGUGGAGUAAGUAGCUAAUUGAGGCUCCUCCCGAAAGACGGCAUCAGGACACAUGCGAACACUCACUCCAUGCCUUAAAGGUCUUGGUCGGUUAUCUUUUCCUGAAUAGAGUUGCUCAUUAUACCAAUACAGAUGCUCACAGAAAAUUAAAAUGAAAGGCUUUCUUAUUACUUUUCUGCUCUUCUGUGUGUUUUUCAACACAGGUCGUGGUAUAUCGAUGCGUAUGGCUAACUUAUUAUAAAUAUAUUAUGUAUCCCGCGCUCGAUGUCGAUGCAGGGUCUCUGUGCACCACUAGACGAAUAUCGUUACAGCUAUACGACCUGAACGCAAACUCUGCUCUAAGCAGAGGAAGUGACGACGGCCUUCGACGAAAGGAAGCCGGGAUAUCAUAAGAAUAACUUCCCGAUCUUUGCCUUUGCCACGGAAGACAAUUGUUAAGGCCACAGAUAUUAAAAGGUUAGCGCGUGUCUGCGCUUAUCUCGUCUACGGUCAUCAGGAAAGUUGACAACAGGGACUCGCGCACGUAUUUGCAGUUAAGCAUAAGCUACACUUGUCGAUGUCGGGCGAAAAUCAAACUAGAAGUCAGAGCCAACUCUUACAAUGCACUCAGAAGCAACAUCCCACCAACACUGUAGUAACCCCUCGAUGCGUACACGUAGAAUCCCUCUUCUUCUUCUUCAGGGGUCACCGCGAUGGUUUUUAUCUUUGUUUCAGGGCGCGGGGCGACCCCCCCCCGCUACCGGGCGCCCUGGACCCCUUUUUAGGCGUCUGCCGGGAGGGAAGGCCUCAAAAGGGGGCCCGGUGACCUCCCCCCUCCGCUCCCUUCCAGCUGCCUGGCUGUUCCCUAGGGGCCUCCGAUGGUGGUGGGAGGCUUCAAAAGGGGCCCAGGGGACCGCCUGCGCCCCCGUCCAGGUGUUUCUUUGUGCCCUAAGUGCAUUCGUUUGGCUUCCCUGCCGCAGCCGUGCCGCCUGUACCUUCCGGGCCCUUGGUCAUCGGCUUGCCUGCUCUUGCGACCGUGGCCGCCUUCGGCGGCCUUUUACCCCGGAGGCCUCCCGCCUGCGAGGGUCAGCAGAGGCCAGGAGGCUCCUCAGGGAUACGCUGAGAGGCCCAAGGGGAGGCCCGCGCCAAGUUUUGACGCCUUCCACCACUAGAAUCCGCGAAAAAUCCGCGCGCAAAAGCGCGCGCGCGCGCCACCACAGACCAGAGCCAGACCACAGGGGGGGGAGCGGGGGGGGCGUCUGGCCUUGAGUCGUAUUUAACCACGCCCAUAGCUUAGCGCUGGCAGCUUGCUGGGUAAGACGAUCGGGCCAAGCCGCUAAGCCCGCUCGCCAGGGCGAGGCAGAAAGGCUGGCAAGCUGGCUGCCACUGUGGCUAGGCUAGUAAGCUGGCUACUGCUUUGGUCAAGGUAGCGCGCUGGCUGUUGCUAAGCUCGCAAAGCGCUGCAGCUGGGGCUAAGCUAGCAGACUGACGACGGCAAAGCCAGCAAGGAAGCUCAUGAGGCUGAUGGCCAAGCCAGCGAGCUGGCGAUGACUACGCGUGAGCUUGCAAUCUGGCCACGGGCAUUAAGCUAGCAGGGUGGCGGUGGCUAAGCUAGCCGCUUGGCCAUGGUUAAGCAAGCAAGCCGGCCAGGGCGAAGCUAGCGAGGAAAGCUGGCUAUCGCAUCGCGGUGGCUAAUGUAGCAAGGCAAGCUGGCCAGGGCUAAGCGAUGCACAGCAGAGCAGGGCAAGCCGGCUACGGCUAAGGCAAGGGGGCUAUGGCUAAGGUAGCGCAGCAAGCUGGCUACGGCUGAGCUAGCAAGGCAAGCUGGCUACGCUAUGCAUAGCUAAGGUAGCAGGCUGGCGGUGGCUGACCCCGAUGCGCUAGGUUCUUGAAGUCCUUGAAUGAUUCGGCUUAAGAGGUCGCGCGGCCUUCAGGAAGGUGCCUAUGACUAGCCUAAAUCGGAAACUAUUGCAAGGGAGGCUCCCUUAAGGGGCCCUAAGGCACAUUUUUGGCCUUUAAGGAAGACUGAUAGUGACUUUUUAUCAUAGAGCUUCCUGAAGGGAUGCCAUUUCUUCAAGGGAGCCCCUUGAGGAAGGCUCCUAAGGAUUUUAGGGAGAUUGCUUAUAAUGUAGAUACUUGUGUCCCCUUCGUCUUAUUUCAUCACCCAUUUACAUUUUCCUCAUGCUACUAGAUUACGGACAUUAACUACUAGGCCGAGGAAUGGCGCGAGCGACAGCGGCGUGAUGCAUGGAAUGAAUUUGCAGAACGAGGCAUGAACUGCGUCAAAAGUCAAGCGUGGCCCGUCGUUCUCAAGUACUUACUUGUAGGGAAUCAGAAUACAACUAGAAGCACAGUAGGCUCCAUCUCUAAAGAUGGUUCUUGCAUCCAGAUCUCCUCGACAAGGAAAAAGCAGUAGAAGAAGCUGGAGGUGAUGGAAAAAAAAAGCUGCUCGUGGACGCGGCUUUGCAACAGGUGAUCUACGGGAAAAGCGAAGACGAAAAGUGGCCAGCUCUUGCAGAAGACAAAAUUUGAGGCACAUAGUGCAUCUAGAUCUAGUAUGUAAUUGAGUACUCCUUUUUUAAUACUAUGCCUGCAGUCAGAGUCACUAUGCCUGACUCAAGAUUAAGGCAUCUAGUAGGUCGUUUAUCUAUGCUUUUACAAUUUACAGUGUCUGGCUCUUGUAGUAGCCCAAUAUGCCUACGAUGCAAGACGAGGGCUUUCAAGGGAAACCAUCGACGACGUCGCGCAGAAUAUGAAUAAAAUUGACCAUAAUUAUUGUUAGUGACUAUCGUAAUUCUUACUAAAGAGGCCACGGCUCUCAAGAUGAAUCCAAUCACUCUAAUGAAAGCUGUCGGAGCAGGAGCAGGACGCAACAAGUCUACUUAUGAGAAUUCUGAGCUUGAGCAUGAGUUUUAACUAGUACGAGAAAGAGAAAGGGAGACAAGCAUGCUGUCCGACCGCGUGCUGACUUAGAAAUAAGUAUCGUUUUCGGUCUACAGCAUUGUUAGACUUUUCAAUUGAAAGAGUUCGCUUAUCUUGUGCGCAUCUGAUACGAUAGACAGCGGGGGUCGCCGAUGAGAAAUGCAAACAUGAAAAAGUGAACCAGUGGACGCGCGAGCUUUAACCCCGUCUCCCCUCGCACGUAGCUCCUUUCCCUCACGAAUAGGCACCUCAAUCAACCAGCCAGUCACUCAGUCAGUCAAUCAAUCAAUUCUAAUAAGAGGAAAAAGGUUCCCGAUGGCGGUAGGACAUGGAGACACAUGGGUGGAUACUUGUGCGCAAAUCUGCCAUGGGGCUCCGUAGAGGGGAAGAGAUGCUAUGAAAAAGCAACUGCGCGCGAAUUCUGAUUCCAUGCGUAAGAGCUAGUUUGUGUCUAAGCAUGUGUACGUGUAACAAUGUGUACGCCUCUUGUUGCUAUGUGUCUGAGUUGAUUAAUAUAGAAAGCACAAGAGGGUGCGUUAGCUGUAGCGGCAAUAGACUCUGUUACCGGUCUUCUCUACAAUUCCACGCCUUCGAGAAAUUUAGACUUUGAAAAGCCCCAGGCAUAUCUCUUAAUACUUGGCGCGUGCACUUGUGCAGCUGCUCGCUUGGGGCUGCUGCAAGUGCGAAUCUUUUUGGAGGCAUGGUAAAUAGGUCAGGGGUGCUAGGCACUCUUUUGGCGCAGGGCUUUUCUCGUUGCACAGCUUUUCUUUUUUUUGUUUUCUUCAUUCUAAUGAAAUGCGGACAUGCAUAACGCUCGGCGCAAGGCAAUGCCGCUCAACAAGUUAAGGCCACACGCAUCUUCAAAAAGUAGGGGGCAGUGGCGUACGUGCACUCCUGUGUGUGUUUUAUACUCUUGAGGAAUCACACACACAAGUUGUACGAGCAGACAGAUCGCACACUCGUGAGGGAAGCCCACAGCCGGUUGCUUCCCUGUCAGUGCCUCGGGUGAGUCUAAGAAGCUACUUGCUGAUUUGGAUUUCAGUACUUGACGUCCUGACAGUCCAGCAGUAGAGUAGUUGAGUCCUCCAGUAGGACAACAAUCCUCUGGCAGUCCAUUACUCAAAUGCCAUGAACCCUCUGGCAGUCCAUUAUUUGAAUGCCCCAGGCAUGUAGACAGUAGGACAAAAAAAGAAGUUCAGGAACAGAGGCAACACGACAUGGCGGAAGGCUCUAACGUACGAUACUGACCGGAAAGACACUGCUCACAUCUUAUAUAUCAAGGGCCUUGGAGCAGCGAAAGACAAGCUGCAUUAUGACACGCAUGACAGACAAAGUUGCUUUUGGCUCUUCAGUAGUCCUAGUCAGCCAUGUCUGUUAGUUUUUCUAGCCGACCCACACCUAACCUAACCUAACUUCUUACGACAUUUCAUACUCCUCAGAAGAAGCCAACUCUUCCACCCAUGUCAUACUUAGGACAUUUAUACACCUCCCUUGCCCUUCAUCUCAUAUUCCUCAAGCUAAAAAGAAGAACUAAGUGCGACAAAAAGUAAAUAGAGAUAGUUUUUCUUGUGAAGGUAUGCUGAGAUCACUCACUGAAGAAAAUUGGUAUUAAGUGAUCUCUACUAUGAGAACGAGAUAGCCAGAUGGUUGCUGAUGUGUCGACGAGACAGGUCGAGCUACUAUGUAAGUACCCAUAGAAAUACUAACGAGAGUUGUCCAGUAGAAUGAAGGAAGAAUAGACAUAAACUAGAGGAGUAAAUAUUUAUACACAACGACAACUAUCAAAAUAAAUGUUGCAGAGGACAAAUUUUUGAUUUUAUCGUGGAAAUGUAUGGGAAUUGCUUCCUACACUUUUCUGUCAAUGUUGAAAGUGUUACUUUCAAAAAAGACGUGAUAUGUUAUCCACCUAGUAGACACCCUGGCCGGCUGUGUACCUAGUAGAACUUACGGCCGCCGUUCAUUUCUUGUGUUUCGCAUCGCCUCUGUUCUGGAGAACGCUCUAUCGACUGGGUUUCAGAAAGUUCAAGCGCCUUAUGACCACAGGAAGCAGCGACGAAGAUAAAUCAAUGCGAUUGAGCAUAAGCAUGCUGGGAUAGUGGUCAUGAUGAUGAUCACGAGCCUCGUUUUAUCUAAACCUGCAGCUUCUCCUCUUCUUUAUCUCUCACUUUUCUCAGGCACUUACCUCACGCUUACCACGAUAUUGUAGACUCGCGACACCUACAAUCUAGACGUCUUCUUCGUUCUCUUUAUCAUAGAAGACUCAAGAUCAAGAUCUCAUAUUAUAUCAACGAAGUUCCAGAUCCCCCGGUCAAAGCUAGACUAAGUACCUUGCGACUUGCAAGACUUCAGUUGCAAAUACUUCAAGAACAGGGCUAGUAGUUGACGCAGCACCUUCUUCAUGUAAGACGCAACUUAGGUAUCUAUAGGCCCGCCGACCAGACAUAUUAUUACUUUCCAGUCAGUCUCAGUGUCAGGUGGAGGCGAAGGCAGGAGACGCUCUACAGUUUACUUAUAGAGGAUAAACUCCAACAACGCGACGAGUUUUUUUGUAUUGUAUUGCUUCUUGGCGCAGGGAUGGAGAUUAAUUCCUGAAGAACAAGCUAGCAAGGGUCUCAGUCUCAUACCUCUUUUCUCAUUAUAUAUGUAUACACAUGCCCAGAAAGCGGGCCCACCAGGGGCCCGCUGCGCUGGGCAUAGAUCGGCAGAAACGAGACUACCUAGACAGACAAGAGCACGGCGGCCAUGGCCAAGCCAGCGAGCAGGCUCGCGGGACGCGGCAAAGUUAGAAUGCUGGCGAUGACGAAGCAGCAGCUAAGCUAGAUUUCGCCAGGCAGCUAGCAGGCUUGCUAUGGGCAAGGAGCUAGCUUGCCUAGCCAGCCAGCUAGAUAAGGGCGAGCAGCUAGCGGGGUGGUGAGCUCGAUAGCUACGGCGCAGCAGCUAACAGGCUCGGCAUGCUUGAAAAGCAUUCAACAAGCUGGCGAUGCCUGCUGAGCAGCUAGCAGGCUGGGCAUGCCUGCUGAGCAGCUAGCAGGCUGGCUAUGGCUAACCCGCUACCGAACUAUGGGCGCAAGCAGCUAGCGGACUCGCUACGUUUGGCGAAGCUCCUAGCAGGCUAGCCACGGGCAGGGCGUAAGCUUGCUAGCAGGCUAGAGAGCAAUAGCCAAGCAGCUAGCAGACUAGCUGUGACUGCGCACUUUUUAGCAGGCUAGCUUUGGCUAAGGUAAGCACUUAGCAGGCUAGCUAUGGCUAAGCACCUAGCAGGCUAGCUACGUACGUGCAAGCGGUAAGCCGGCAAGUUAGCUAGGGCGGGGGGCCCUUAAGGGAGGGGAGGGCCCUUAAGGGAGGCCCCCUAAGGAAGGUCUUACUAUUAUGGCGGAGUUAAAUGAUUAAUUAUUUUAGCAUCUGGAUAAAAUUCUGUUUAAGAAAAAAAAGCUAACUAGUUAAACUAACUAAUUGGUCUAAUCAGUUAAGGCGGCGACUGACGUCCCCGCUUCGAAGGCUGGGCUGCGAAGAACGGGGUCUGGGGCUUCGGGCUGAGGCUUGAAGAUUUGGGCAAGCCUGAAGAAAGAAAAGACCAACGGCUUCACAGCAGCAAAAUGAGCCGGCUGCGGCCACGGCUUCGCGUGCUUCAUUUUUCACGCUUUCGCUUCGCGCUUGCACCUUGCCACCCCUUCCGGGGGCUCCCCCUCUGAGAGUAGCUGUUUGCUAUUUUUUUCUAUUAUCCCCACUAGUUUCCAAAAAUCAUAAAUUCUCCUUUUUUGUGCUUUUCUCUUAGAAAAUUAUAACUAUUGAGCCCCCCCCGCUUUUCAAGGCAGCCAGACCAAGCGCCACCUUUGCCGCGAGAAGAAAGGCUGCGCUUUGCGACUGUGGGGCCAACGGCUUGCUUCAUCUUCGGGCUCGCCCGAAGCCCUAAGCAUGAAGUGAAGUCGCUGCGCCAGAGCCCGACCACGGUGGUCCGGACUUCUUGCCGCAGGCCCCAUCCGCAACUCCAAACUCCAUCGCCAAUUAUCUACUUUGAGUACCUACUUAUUUUUUUAAAACGGGAACACUAUCCAGGUGCCAAAGUAAUUCUUUAACUCCGCCAGAACUACUGGCCCAAGCUUAUAACAGAGUGAGCCGCCUGAAGGGAGCCCUUUGAGAUCUCUUUUCGUCGUUUAAAGAAAAGCGACUAUAACUGUUUACAAUGGAGAAAAUUCAGCAAAGGACUGCAAAACUCCGGACGGGGUUCAAUUCUGCCGGGCAUGAUAUGUCUCCGCAGGACACUCGCCGCCUACUGCGCUCUCAUCGGGAAAACUUUCCCCCGAUUGCGAGCCAAGAAUCUCAGGCGCCCUCCAAAUCCGCACGCCCCUCCAGAAUCCCCAGGCACAUGCUUGCAGGCUGGUGCAGUGGACUCCGGAGGGGCGCGGGGAAUCGCAUGAAAGGAAACCAGAAGACGGAAAAACGAAGGGGAAGCAGGUGACAAAAGUCGCCAAGCGGAGCACUUCCAGGACUAGGAGGCGACAGAAGUGACCGCUUUCGUGCGGUUCUUAGUUGACUUAGCGCCAUUCGAAUCAACCCCCUGCGGAAGGACCAGAGGCACGGCGAGCAGGCUACACCAUCGAAACCGAGCAAAAAGAGGAGGCGCGAGGCCUUCGGAACUGAAGCGGCCACCAGCUUGGCUCUUCCUCAAAGCGCCACGCAAUUGCGCAAGCCUCUCUUUUGUUUCCCGGGUUCUUGCUCACAGGGCCACUCUUGAAAAAAGUUGGCCGGCGUCUUUUCAGUUUUUUCACCAAGAGCGGUCUUGCGGGCAGAAAUCUGGCAAACAAGAGAGAGGCGCACUCGAUUCAAGCGAAACCCUCGAAAAGUUCGCCACUGAAAUACUUCAAAAAAAUGCGAACGACGCCAGUAAACCCUCCCGACAAUCUGCGCGCGCAUCACAUGGCGGCGCGCGUGCGUGGCCUGACCACUUAGGGGCGGCGGCGUGUCUCUCUUCUUUGUAACUAAUCCCACUCAGCGCGAGAGCCUCGGGACGCCGGGCGGCCAAAAGUCCAACACUGAACAAGACCAAAAGGCCCAAGAACGAAGAACCGCAGGCGGUCUCCCUCCACUGGGCCACAGGUGGAGCCCAGUCUCUCCGGUUUUGGCGAAAAAUCUGACCCCAGACAGGUGGAGGCUGAAUGGAGAAAAUUCGGCGAAGGAUUGCAAAAACCCGGACAAAGUUCAAUCUUCUCGGGCAUGAUACGAAUCCGCAGAACACUCGCCGCCGACUGCGCUCCCUUCGGGAAAGCCUUCCCCCAGUUGCGGGCCAAGAACCUCAGGCGCCCUCCAAAUCCCCACGCCCCUCCAGCAUCCCCGAGCACACCCCCGCAGGCUGGUGCGGUGGACUCUGGAGGGGCGCGGGGAAUCACAUGAAAUGAAACCAAAAGACAGGAAAACCAACGGGAGGCAAGUCAUGGAAGUCGCCCAGCGGAGCACUUCCAGGGCCACGGGGUGACAGUGGUGGCUGUCUUCGUGCGGUUCUUAGCUGAAUCCGCGCCAAUAGAGGCAGAAAAUCCUUAAGGGCUUCAGUUUUCUCAGGGGAGCCUGCCCAAGGAGGCUCCUUAAAUAAGGGAGGCUUUUCAGAAAUUGAGACUAAUCGGUAGGCUUAUAAGUACAAACAUGCUGCAGGAUUCAGGGGAGCGGUCCCCCCGUAGCGUAGGGGGGGGGCGUGGAUCCCCGGACCCCUUUUGGAGGCGUCUGCCAGGGGUGAAAGGCGUCAAAAGGGAUCCAGGGGGGGCCCCUCCGCUCCUUUCCAGCUGCUUGCCUGUACCCUACGCACAGGCCUCUGAGGUGGGUGGAAGGCUUCAAAAGGGGCCCAAGCGGCCUCCCCCGCUCCCUUCCAGCUGCCUGCCUGUACCCUACAGGCCUCCGAGGUGGGUGGAAGGCUUCAAAAGGGGCCUAAGGAGCCUCCUCCGCUCCUUUCCAGCUGCCUGCGUGUACCGUUCAGGCUCUCGAUUUGGGUGGAAGGCUUCAAAAACGACCCAAGGAGCCUCCUUCGCUCCCUUCCAGCUUCCUGCGUGUGCCGUUCAGGCUUUCGAUUUGGGUGGACGGUUUCAAGAGGGGGCUUCCUCCGCUCUCUUCCAGCUGCUUGCGUGUACCCGGCAGACCUCCUAUGUAUGUGCUUCGCCGCCGCAGCAGUGCGCCGGCGGUGGGAGGCCUCUGAAGGCGGCAAAAGGCGCAAGGCGGGGCCCCCUGGGCUGUGUUGCUUGUGCCCUUCGGGCCCUUGGUCAUCGGCUUGCUGUCUCUUGAGAGCGCGGCCGCCUUCGGCGGCCUUCGUCUACCCCGGAGGCCUCUCGCCUGUGAGGGUCAGCAGAGGCCAGGAGGCUGCCAGGGAACCUGCUGAGAGGCGCAAAGGGACGCCCGCGCCAAGUUUUGACGCCUUCCGCCCUGAGAAUCCGCGAAAAGCAGCGCGGAAAAGAGCGCGCGAUCGCCACCGCAGGGCCAUCCACAGGGGGAGGGGGGCGCCGUGCGUCCCUAUCUAUGUCAUAUAUUGAAUCAAAACCAAUGCAAGAGGAUGAAUGUGAUCCAUGAAGAUGGAGAAGAGCUACUAAAUCAUCAACAUCGGCAGUACAUACUCAUACUUGUUUGAGAACUACGUCAGUUCUAGAGCUAGUACUACGAGUAGUAGAAGAAUGAGGAGAGAUCGAGACUGUCUAACACUGCGCAAGGGAAGGCUUCUUCGGACGGAUCUCCUAUGGGCAAAGAGAAAGAGGCCAAAGAGUACUUCGAGCUGAAGGAAGACAUGGCGAUGCUGCCUUUAUGCGAAGGCCAACUACUAGCCACAUAUAGAACCAACUAGAAGGCGGCUCUUCCAUAACAACUGCUAGGUAAAAAGAGCCAUAUUAACGUCUAUAACAGGGUGCUAGCUCUGUUCAACUGCGACAGAGACCCAAGAAGCGUGACACUAUCAGUUAUUGACUAGCCGAAAAUAGGGCGCAUACAACUCCGAGAUAAGUUGGAAAGUACUCGAAAAGUUGUAAAAGUAAGCGAAUGCUGGCACUGUAGUUAACCCGAAGCAACAGAGGCACUACGACGCUACUCUUAUUUCAGUAUUCCGCUUGCGUCAAGUAUUCGAAAACUAGAAAUAGCCGAGUUAGUGACUAAAAUAAGAGCGCUAUCCUAAGUGCAUUCCUCUUAAGUUGAGUAUCAAUCUCGGCGAUUCUGGUCGGCUCCUCGCUUAUUUCAGUUUUUCAAGUACUAGUUACUUUUUGCUUAUUUCUUCAGCUUCAGAAAAAAUUUAUGCGUAGGCUACUUUUUGCUUUGAUAACUCAUACAGGAACUAACGGUCUUCUAACGGAUGAGGACGCGGAGGAUUUCGCCGCGUUUCUGAGCCGCGCUGGAACACUGCGCGUCAUGUACAACAGAUUCGACUACGGCAAGUAGAACUAGUUUACUACAUAGAUAGUACGCAUGCUCCCUGUAGCACAGGCGGCGAUAGAUUCAGAAAGUCAUAGUUUAUCAAUCUAUCGAUCCAUUUGGAACUAGCACAAUUGAACUCUAGCACAAGUAGUUGAAAUAAGAGAAAUUGAGACUAUAAAUGGCUUUACAUGAUGACUAGACGAAAAAUGCAUGCGGAAACUUCUACAAAUCCAAAAAUAAAAGUUUCAUGACUUGCGUUUCUAGAACGUUUCGUCGGCGGAAAAAGAUCCGUGGAGUCUACUAGGCGAAUAAUGGCGACAGCGCGACGCAUCUACGCGCCCGCUGGAGUCAGGCCACGCCACUGCCUUCCACUUUGCUCGCGCUGUCCAACCGGGCUGAGGGUGUGCGCAAUCGCUAGAACUACAACGCGGGCGCUCCGCGGUACUACUGGGGAGGGUUGACUUUUGGGGGGUGCUGCCCACCCCCCAACGCAACGAACCUCCGCCGGCCUCGAUUGACACGCGCCGGGCCGCGUCUGUAGCGGUGCCCUUGUGCUGGACCGGUGCGCCGGCUCCCGUGCUGCCCCUGGCGCGGCGGUUCCAUUGUGUGGCGGCGGCGGGUGCGUGGACGGUGUCACGCGGCGUGGCGCACGCGCAUGGUCAUUGUAUGGGCCGGACGGGGCGGCCGUGCAGUUCUUCUUCGCGCCGGGGUGGAUACGUGGAUCCGCCGUGAGGCACGCAGACAGCCACAGGGUGCUGCCCCGCACCCCAGGCCUUGGGGUCCAUUUGCCUAAGCCGUGACCAGCAGGGGAGCGGCAAGUCUCAGGAAAAUCUCAGUUCUGAGACUGACAAAAGUCUGGCGCCCGGGCCCGAGCUCGGGCGCCAGGAUUUGAGAACCUUCGACGAGGACGACCAUGGCCAAUUUCUGGGAUUGUUCAAAAGUCUGGCGUUCGAGUGGAACCCCGGAGGCUUUUCCUGUCCAAAGACUGACGCAGCAGGGGCCACUCGUUCGGUCUGUGGACAGGGAAACACCCUGGCGCUCGACUCGAGCGCCAGACUUUUGCCUCCUGUCAGAAAUCUAAGGAGCCUGGCGUCGGGGGUUUUCAAGUCUUGGCGUUCGAGCUCGAACGCCAGACUUUUUGCAGGCGCGGGACUGAGAAUUCAAUUGGCGGAGCUGAGGGGGUGCUUCGCUCGGGCUUGGAAGUUGGUGGCGCAGGCUCUGUUCUGUGUUUGUGCGGGAUGCAAUGGGCGGCCCAUUGUUGGGCCCAAGCUCUUCCGAGGUCGCUUUGCGUAGCAGUCGGCCUCCCAUUGUCGUCCAGGGUUGGGGAGCUGAAUUUCUUUGCGGCAUAGCGCGCUUGCUUCCGCUUGCUCGGGGAAUGGGGGUAGCUGCUGGACUGGAGGGGUACGCGCCGUCCUGGCUGCUGGCCGUGUGCUCUGGUGUUCGGGGAUUAUGCUAAGGGCCACAUGCUGGGGGGGCUCUUUAUCGUGUGGCGCGCUGACGCUCACCGGGGCGGGACGUCGGCAUCUUGAUCCCUCUGCGGCCCUGGCGUCUUGUUAGGGUGUGCAGCGCCGUCCAUGGGGUCCCUGCCAUGCCCCUUCGGACCUUGUUGGUCUGGUCUCGGCUGGACGGUUCUAGUUUCCGAUGUUUGAAGGUAAAAGCCCUUCGGUUCAUAUGACUGAAGUUUUUCCGCCGAAGUUGGGUGCUUGCUACUCCACGAGUCACGAAAAGUUGAUGUGGCUUCCGCCUAGUGGUAUUCCCUUACCGGAGGAGUAGGGGAAGCAGGCUCGCCUCAGCGUAGCUUUUCUCCAAUCGACCGCAUUUUCAUCUUUUUCCCCCUCGUCUUUUCUUUUUUCCUUUUUCACCCCGUAUUAAGCCUAUAGAUAAGUAAAAAUAGACUUGAGCGCCCAGCAGCACUUCCCCCACUAGGAUCAUCUACCCCCGGCACGCACUUCCCCACCCCAAGCGCGAUUCCGCUCCCCCGGCUCCUCCCCCGCCCGCCAAGCGUCUGGCGGCGUCGAUCUUGAUCGCUUGGGAAAGAGCUGGGCGGGGGGCGGCGUGCGGCUAUUGAUUAAAAAGGCACAGACGCAGACCGAAUUCGCUGGUUUGUCGGUCUGCUUUCUUUUUGGUAGGUUUGGCCUUCUUUGCGUGCAGGUUGCAGCGCGCGGGCCUUCAGCUUGUCGAGAUUCCUCUUCUUGUGAUACAGUCGAAAGAUUUGGACGGGAAUCCUUUUGGCUUCGUCUGUAUUGGAUAAGGGCAAAGGCCUUGGACUUCCAGGCCCAGGCUUGCGACUUCGUUUGAGGCGUUGAGCCUGAGGCGCCGCCUUUAAUCUUAAGCGUUUGGCUUUGGACUUUUAGCCCGGGGCCUUCGGCUUCGCGCUCUGUUUCAGUUUUGGGCUUUCUGUCUUGAGUUUUCAACUUGGCUUUGGGCUUUCGCCUUUGGCUUUUGAACUUUAUGCUUUGGGCUCAAAGCCUGGGCUUUCAACUUUGAAGCUUCGGCCUUGGGCUUUGGGCUUUCAGCUAUGGGCUUUGAGCGUUGUGCCUGGGCCUUCGGCUUCGGGCUUUCAGCUUUGGGUCUUCAGCUUUGAGCUUUCAGGCGUGGGCCUUCAGCUUGACACUUUAAGGCUUAAGCCUACGCCCUCCAUGGAAUGUUAUACAAUUUAGAAGCCCCUGGGAAUCGUCGCGAAUUUUUGAAAAGUUAAAACUUUUGGGGUUCAAAUUGUCACGGUUCGUUUUGGCUUUGUCGCGUAAGAUUCAAACUUAGCGCCCAUCUGCGUGGGCUCAAAGCUAGCCAAUUCCUGCGCCCUUUUUCAGUUUUUUGAGUUCAAGUCGUAAAAAUUUUGACUUAGCGCGUAGGCCUUAAAAUUCGUGCCAACGAUGGAUCUGCGCGAUGUCAGACCUAACCAAUUCUCAAGCUUCGCAAUUUCGUAAGUUCAUAAGCCCAUACGUUCGCAAGAUCAUCGGUUCCCGGGUUGGCUAGUUCAUGGGCUCGCGGACUUGUGGGCUCGCGAGUUUGCGCGUUUGUGUGCGAGUUAAGUUCGCAGGAUCAUCAGCUCGCGGGUUCAUGGGUUUGCGUGUUUGCGGCGUUUGCGGGUUUGCGCGUUUGCGUGCGGGUUUGCGAGUUAUUUGCGAGCUUGCAGGCUUGGGAGGGUGCGUUUGCGAGUUUUUGAGUUCCCACCCAUUCUAAGUUCGCGGGUUCGCGGGUUUGCCAGUAGUUCUUUCGUGGGUUCGCGGGUCUGCGAGUUCGUAAGCUCGUGGGUUCUUUCGUGGGUUUGUGAGUUCGUGGGUCAGAAGUCAGAAGUGGGAGCGUUUUCGGCUCGGAAAUGAAGGGCUGAGAGUUUGGGGGGUCGUUGUUGUUUUUUAGUUUGGCUCUUUAAUUCUAGCGCCCACUCCUUCCAGUAGAUAGCAGAGCUUGUCUUUUCUUGAGAAGUUGGCAAGAGAAUUGACGCGAUAAUCUGAACAAGUGCGUGGAAGGCUCUUCUUCACAUAUUAACGUUGGUCACGACUUACUACAGUAGACUUUGUAGAAAACAAAGGAACACGACAAGGCAAAGGUGGGACACAAGCUGAAGCUUUUCUUGAUGAGCAGUCAGGUAGUCGAUAAUGUCAGACGCCGACGAUCAUGAUCAUGAUUAACCAGGUGCGUAAGCUGUGAACAGGCCAGCGCCUCUCUAGCUGUAAACCAACUGCGGCGUUGGCCUGUUCGUUCCGCUAUCAUCUAUUUUUACCGUUAUAAACCAAUGAGGGGAAGUAGAACCUGUUUAUCUACCUACUUGCAUCAACUUCAGACGAACUUGCUAUUAAGAACUACAUAGUUAGAGGGGUAAAGAUAUUAGAGAAGUGGAUUUGCAUUUGCGUCUCCUGUAUAUAUUCAGGGUUGUAGGUAGAAGUAGGUGAAGAACCCACCCAGUCCGUUUGAGUCCAGCCUUUCGAUUGUGAUGAAUUUAGAAUUCAUGAUUUCAAAAAAACCAUUACCAUUUAGUUCAUCGCUCUACUUCUCUUCCUCUAACAAGAAUCCACGAAUGAGCAUGGGGAUUUGAUCGGAGGAGAGUUACCACAGAUCGGGCCUUUUAUGAGGGCAGGAACGAAGAAAGGGCAAAGCCCAUACAUUACGAUGGAUGAAGACACUAUCGGUCGCUACCCUGACUUGCAAUUCGACCUACAGAUUUAUGAAUCGGAGCAAUUCUUUAUCUGGAGGUGGAGUCUCCGUCGUCUUCUUCUUCUUUGUCAUAACAGUCUUGCUCGAAGAUGUCGAUCCAGGAUUUAUUUGCUCUUGGUCUUAUUGAUGUAUCACCCUGCUGCCUCAAGUUGAGCACACUACGACUACAACUCAUCGAGGCGUCACUUAUUUACCUGAAUAGGCUCACUGGCUGGUGGCCUUUGACCCCAAAGCAAGGUGCGCACAUUACAACUAGAAAAAGCAAUAGGCCAAAGCCUCUGGUCGCAAGUAGCAAACCACACGCAAGCCUGCUCGUCAUUCUGUAGAUGCCAGGACCAAGAGGAACACGCGAAAGACCAAUGACAAUCCAGCAUGGAGCUAGGAUAGCGGGCAGAAGUCGCCAGGGAAAUCCUAGGCAGGUUGCCGAAUAGAUUCGCGCCAUCUCCAUCAAUAGGCUCACUGGUAGAGCAUGCGUUGCGUUUGUGAUUGGUCAUCUAAGGUUAUUGCCGCCCACGUGGCGUGCCCCCAGCCGCGUGCACACAUGCCGGGGGCACGUGGGGAUGGGCGGAGGAGGUGUUGCAAGCUUUACAUGCUACAAACACGAGCUACGGGGUACAGCCUGCAUCAUGGUGGAUCAUCUAAUGUUAUUCUGUACAGUACUAGUGAACUCAUGCGUGAGUUCUCUAGUGAACUCAUGCGUGAGCUCUCUUUCUCUAUAUGAGUUCCCUUUUCUAAUGCAACGUCCUCACUAGCGGAGCCUGCGAGUUCGCCGUUGCAGCAGUUGGCGUUGACAAACUACAAGGCAAUCAGGCUCUUGAAGUUUCUGUAGCGACAGGCAAGCGGACCUAUUAAGACGAUAAAAUGUAUUAGCAUCAUAACCGGCGAUGAUAUAUUAUAAGAUAAAUGUUGGAGAUGAAGAUGCAAAAGUAUUAGUGGUAAAGCAGGUGCUUAUCAAUCAACAUGAUGGCUACAACUCCUGGAGAUCAGUACUACUCGACAUCUAGUUCUUACUACUACUUUCGACACUACGGAUGACAUUUUCUAAAACUUCUCUACGAAAGAUUGCGUCUACUUCUUGGUCAUCCAUAGACUGAAACUCUACAACAGCAAAGCGCUUCGACUGAAAUUCUACAGCAAAGCACUACGAUCAAUAAGAUGCUUGGUGGAAAAUCGCCAAUCAGUCAAUGUCACAGUCUGGGCGCUUGUGUCAUUAGUUCUACUUUUAUAGGUAAGUGCAACUGCAAGGCUAAUGAAUGGCCCCAACCCUGACAGACAGGUCAGGGCCAGAGGCUGCAUGGCAUGGCAUGGUGUCUGAAUUAAGUGCUUACUUCUAUUAGACAACAAGCUGGGCUUCUGAAUUACUUCUGCCGAGUCUACUUCUCGCGGUUCCACCUCGCUCUCAGCACUGUUGUUCACAACCGCCUAAAGUGAAAGCAUGUCGCGCCUAGCGUCCAGGCUGAAACGAGACCCCCUGAAAUUGAAGUUGGAACGUCGUCGACCGCUUACACAGUGGAGUUUACAUAGUCUACUUCGGACAUAGUCUACUUUGGAUAAUGAAAAGUUUUAUGUUCCCGGGAUCAGGGCUAGAGAGCACCCCGCAUCUAGGGAGGCGCCUGAGGGGAGCUCUAGCCCCGGACCCUUUUUCCUGAGGGACUGCCAAGCGGGAAGGGCUCCAAACGCCCACCGCCGCACCCUUGUGGCCCCUUGCGUGUACCCUACAGAGCCCAAGCGCCUGAGGCCGUUCAGGCACCGAAGGUCAGGGGUGGAAGACUUCUGAAGGCGGCAAGGCUUGACCCCCUUACCGUGUUGAAUGUACCUGACAGGCACCCAGCGUGCAGGCCCCUCGCUGGGAGAGUUUCCUGGGGAGGUGGAAGGCCCCUGGGGGCAGCAGGUGGCAAGGCUUGACCCCCUUCGCCGUGCUCUGCUGCAUGUAUCUGGCUGAACCCAGCUGGGGACAGUCAGGACCCAGCCGGGCACGCCUUGCCUCCGCCCCUCCUCGCCUUUGGUUCUCAACCUCCCCGGGCGUUUGGUGGCGGCUGACGAUGAGGGCAGCCCAGCAAAAGGGGCCAGGCCUCGCGACCGUGGCUGCCUUCGGCGGCCUUCUCUCCCCGGGGGUGGUCUCGUUGUUGUCCAAAAUUUGGGACGCUUGCAGGGUACACGCGGAGAGCCACCGGGGGGCUCCGGUUUUGAGUCUUUCGCCUCCGACAAUCUGCACACCAGCACCGCGGAAAAAAGGGCACGCUGACGCCGUCGCAGCUCCAUCCACGGGGGGGCCUCCCUCCUUGGUGCAUAUAUUCCCUAUCAAUUCGCUAGUGAUGUUAGCGAUUCACUGAUCCUUUGUUCGUAGCGUAAUUGAAGCUGGCCCUUUCAUAGUGGCAGGACCGCGAUGUCGCUGGGUGACUCCAAUAACGAUGAAGCCAGCAUGCGACGAGUGCUCGUUAUGGGCUACUUACUUACUUACUGCUAGUAAUCGAAGACUAGAAAUAACCGAGCUACUGAUACUGACGGAAAUAAGGGACGUAAGAGGAAGUGCGUAAAUGCGGCCAUGAGUUGAAAUAUUAGGAUUAAAGCGGAUAGAUAUUGAUGCAUCAUAUCAUACCCCCCAAGUGCAAGUCCAAGGGCUUAAUCUAGAGUGUUCUCCAAUUCUGUUAUUUGUGAGGCGAGGGGCGCGGACUUGUUUACGGACAAAAAGCAGAAGGAUGGAAGGAUAGGAAUGCUUCGGACCUUACUCGCAACGGAAUUUAAAAGGGGGAGAGCGUCCCAGCGCUCUCCCUCGCCGAUCCUUUAUCUCUCGCCCGCUCUUGGCAGAGUUGUGGCUCUCAGGCAUAGGGUAGCCCCUUUGGUUGGAGUAAGCCCUCCGGUUUCUGAUUUUCUUUUUGGUUUUUUUUAUGGCGAUUGUGGAAGCGGGACGCGGUUGAGGAUGGUGCACGGGGCGAAGGAGGGAGCGCGAAGCAGUGAAGAUAAGAAAAACUAGGCUAGUGCACUCCCAACAAGAACAACGAAAAACAUGGGGCACGUAGGGCCUUACGCCAGUAGCCAUAUGCUUCUAGCUGUUCCCUUGUCAGUGGACUGCGCAUUAGUCAAGAGUAAGCAGAGUUGGCGGCCCUGCCCUCGUGCCUACUUGUUGUAGGCAGGCGUAUAAGAGCGGGACGGUUGGCAGCCGGUGGAGGUCUAGAUAAGACUCUUAACCCGCCUCCUUUACUCCUGGGGUUCGCUCACCAUUUUAAAAUAAAGUCGGCAGGCUCGUAGGCAAUUAGUGCGCAGUAAUAUAAGGAGGCGAUCGGACUCCACCUGCCGCCGGUUUGCGAACUGGAUAAAACUAGGAUCACCCUUUCGGCGGUCUUGCUCUUGGGAUACUUACAAAAAAAAAAGUGUUGGCCUGGGUGGAACACAUGAGUGAGUACUUAAGUAUAUAGAAUAGCCUAGUACUUAUGCUUAUGGCCACCUCCAAGAGUCUUACAGGGUUGUGAACUUUGUUCCUGUGUCUCAUCUUGCUUACACAUGCUUCUGAAGGGCCUCUGCAUAAAAGCCCGAAUCGCUUCAUUUUUGCAUCGAAGAAUAGUCCCCCAGGCGGGACCACUUUCACCGGGAAAAGCGGACAUGACAUUACGGCGCGUCAAAGGCUCAGCAAAGGCAUCCUAUUCUAUCCUAUCCUAAAAUCAUCAAGCGGCAAAAAAAAGGUUAGAGUGGCAUCGCCAGCUGUAGCAUAUGAAGGAGCAAGUUAAAUUUUGGCUCUUCAGUAGUCUCUGAGUCUGACGUCUACCUAUGCUUACUUGGGUCCCACCCUAGCGUAAACUGUAACUGACUGAAGAAGAACGAUAUGGCAUCAUCUGCCUGCUAAGAAAGUAUAAGACUCGGACUCAUCAUCCCCCCAGCCGCUGCGAAUUCACUGAAUUAGAGUCGCCCACACUUGCGUCGCCUCGCUCUAGGCAACACCUCUCGAACUGCUGGCCCUCAAAGAACAUAUAGAAGGGGUUUCCUCGUCUUUUUGUAGUUUCUCCACUGAGGGACUUAUUGACAGAUAUAGUCGUAUCUGCUGGUGCUCGUAGUGGUACGCGUGCAACUGCUUACAGCAACAUCACGGUCUUCUACUCCUUUGCAUUUCUUGAAUUUCGAACAAGGUGUACAUUCUUGUUACAAGUACAGCACCACUUGUAGACCCUACAAAACAUGGAUAAUAGCAGCUGCGCAGCCUGUAGCGAUGACUAUCCUCAUCGUUUGACAAAGGAAAUCCUUCAGGCGCGCGUGGGGAAGGGUCUUCGUAUUUAUUGCGCUGACAUGCCCGAAAAAAGUGGGAAAAAAUCGCCACCGCAAUAGGGUGGAAGGAGUCCAAAAACAUGCAGAAGGCACCACCGUCCAAAAGUUGCCAAAAACAGUAGAGAAGCCGUAGCCGUGUCGGGGUGUUUCGGUUUCUUUUUGUUGUGUUUGCGUGGUUUGUGUUUUUCUGCUUCCCCUGGCGCCCGAGGGUCUGGCUGCUUGUUUUUUCUGUUCGUCUGUCUUCUUCUUUUGAAUCGCGACGGCAUGGCGCUGGCCAGGUCUGUGGGGGUGUCGUGGGGGAUUUGGCCAUGGCGCCUACGGAUCAGGCUGCCCGCUUUUUCUGUCUGUGCGUCUUCUCCUCAUGAAGCGUGACGGCAUGGCGCUGGCGAGGUCUGUGGCGGUGUCGUUGGGGUUUUGGCCGUGGCGCCUGGGGGCUUGGCUGCUUGUCUUUUCUGUUUGUGUGUCUCCGUCUCAUGACUGGAGACAGCACGGCGCUGGCCAGGUCCGUGGGGGUGUCACUGAGGCUUUGGCCUUGGCGCCUGGGGGUCUGGCUGCUUGUUUUUUCUGUUUGUGUGUCUUCUUCUCAUGAAUCGCCACGGCAUGGCGCUGGCCAGGCCUGUGGAAGUGUCGCCGGGGUUUUGGCUUUGGCGCCCGGGAAUCUGGCUGCUUGUUUUUUCUGUUUGUGUCUGUGUCUUCUCUUCAUGAAUCGCGUCGGCAUGGCGCUGGCCAGGUCUGUGAAGGGGUCGUCGGUAAUGUGGCCGCUGCGCCUGAGGAUGUGGCCCAAAUUAUUCGGCUUUUGUUCGCCUCUGUCGUUCUUUGGUCUUCGUGGAGUUUCUUUGGCUGAUUGCGUGUAAGCUACAGAACGCGGUGCUUUUUUCUUGGUGGUUUUCGUCGUGUAGGCUACAGAACAAGGCAGCUUUUUAGACAUUGGGCGCGCGCUCGGGACUCUCAGGCGCUUUGCCAGUCCGGUCGGGCGCUCGUGGCUUCUCUGAACUGCGUGGGGAGAGCGUUGCGCGCCGUCGUGGGCAGGGAGUGAGAGCGACGGCGCCUGCGUAGCUAGUUUGUAUGACAGUCAGCCGGCAGGCCAGCGGCGUGCAACGCCCUGGGUGUUUCUGUGUGCCAUCUGGCAGUCAGCUUUUGGGCCUUGCUUUCACUCGGUAGCGUGGGCGCGUCACGGAAGUGCCAUCGAGGCCGCAAGUGUUCUUCUUUCCUCCCUUUGCUUGACGGAUUUCUUUUUACUGGCCACCAAGGCGAGGGACGUAAUACUUCGCAGUUGCUUACUUCUAGUAGUGCCUGAGGGCCUCGCCAGCACUUUUAGUACAACAUGAUCGGCAUCAUUCUUAGUCAGUCUAAUAUCAUCUUCGUCGCCACGGCCAGUCGCAACUGGAUCAUGGGGCCGUGUGUGAAUGGAGACAACGUCGUAGCUUCCCCGCUUCUUCCGGACCCACUUAUGGCUUUACUCUGUCUUCAGAGGGCUUUAAUAUUCUUCAGAGGCGUACGUAUUCCACUUCGUUCUGUAAGAGAGUUUUCAACAACUCAAGUGUUGUAGUCUGUCUUCUUCUAAUUUUGACAAGAAGGAAGUGGCACCCGAUGGCUUUCGACGUGUGGUUCCCGGUUUCGCGCCUUAUGCUGUCAGCUGGUUCGCAAAACGAUUGUGGAAGCCGCUUCCCUUAAGGCAGUCACUGCUCAGAUAGAAUCCCUCAAGACAGGCAAAUCUACUUAUUCACACUUCCCUUAAGGCAGUGAAGUCUCUACAUCGAAUUACCUUAAGGCAGUGAAGUCACUACAUCUAAUUCCUUUAAGGAGGCAGUGAAAUUACAAUUCCUGCAUCUAUUGAUUUGUCUUACAGGGUGGUCUUUGUUUAAGAGUGAGAUUCUAAUAUGAGCAGCGCCAGAAGCGACAAGCGGGCAGAAGGCUGAGAUCGCAGCCCGAAAAGGCGAAGAGGCCGCGUCAGAGUCGAAAGGCUCUUCUUGCUGCUGAGGGUUCAUCUAGUAGUGAUGGAGAGCGAAUAAAGGGCUACCCCUUAGGGUAGAAGAUGAAAGGGCGACCCCUUAGGGUAGAAGAAAAGGUGGAAGAAUGAUGGAGCGAGGUAGGGGUUGUAAAUGGCGGGGUUGUAAAACAAAAAUAGGACUAAAAGAACGAGAGGAAGUGGAAGGAUAGUUGAACAAGGUGGAUCGGGGAUCAAAGGAGUUGGUAGAGGAGGUGGUAGUAGGAUGAAGGUGAGAAAAGUGGCUAGAUCGGGUUGCAGAUACGGGAAUAAAUAAGAAGUGGUAGAUACUAGGCGACGACAGAUGAAGUACUAGGGGUGGAAGAGGUCGAAGGAGAUACUUAGGGAAACUCAAGAGGUACUGAAUAGGGGACAAAAAUAGGAGGAUAGGGAGAUGUACAACUACAACUACCUUUGGGGGAUGUUAGCAUUUCUCUAUGCGUAAGGAUGUGCACACCUUUUCAGCAGUUGUACUUUUUCUAUGGAUGAUGUAUCGUUCUUUGAUGAUGGUGUGGUAGUGACACUAGAGGGCUACCAAGUGUAGAAGUGGUACUAGACUACAGGUGGAUAAGCGAACACGACGACACAAGUCGUCGAGCUGGCACACAAGGUAGCCACGUCCAUCAGAACGUGGAAGAAAAUGACAUAUUUUUUAGAUUUUGAGAUGAAGAUAGAAGAAGUGCUGACUGAUGUAGUAUUAUCAUGAGCAGUAAGUUGCUGAUGUGCUUCUAAUUAUGAAGAUGAGCAAUAACAGUAAGAAGAUGAGGAGGUUUUAUUUUGGUUGUAUCCGUUUGACCAGUCGACUAACAUGAGCUGUUGUUGUGGAGCAGGGCAGAUGUAGACGUACUCUAAAUCCGUUCUAAAAAUCUACUAAAUGAUGUGUUUCUGCUUCUCUAACGAACAGCACGUUGGAGAGAGAAAGACUCACGCUAGUUGAAAUGAAAGGGACAGAUUUAAUUUGCACCAUCCCCCUAACAAUUCUUACGAUGAGGUUGACUAUGACUUAUGAUCGAUUGCUUGAUCAUAUGUUUAUUAGCAGUGGAGACGAUCAUGCAUAAGGCCAUGGGGCAGCACCAUGGGCAUGAGGAUGAUGAUCGUGAUCGAUAGAAGAUGUAAAUGUAUUCAGAUUUCCUUAGACAAGAUCGAUAGAUUUACUCAUUUGUCAGCAGGAAGUUAUAACCGAUAUUUUCACUAACACUAGCAGCAUCACUAUCACAGUUACAGGAGUUUGUUCCAUUUCACAGUUUUGACAAGACUACAACUAUCAAAAUGAAGAUGGAAAAUUUUUUAUUGAACGAAAAAAGUUAAGUUGCUAGUUAUUAACGAAAAUUCCAUGAUUUCCAAGAGAAAAAAGAGUCGGUGAAUUCGAGAGAACAUCUUCAAGGUCAAGGACUUGCUUAUUGUACAGCCAAACUGAAACUACAACCGGAGCUGCUAUCUUGUACUAGUGCUGACGUGUUACUCGUAUUAGAUGAGAUCAUGUAAAUACAGUAAUUUAGAUUUACUACAUAGAUGUAGUUGAAUCUUGAGCUGUGUUUUUUUGAGGCUAGAGCACUUUCAAAUCGCUUGGCUCCUAGCACAAUUGUCGUAAUGAUCUUUUUCUCUGGCAAAGUGCUUCUAGAUAACAGAGAGAUCAAAGGACGACACGAUUACAAAAACUAUUAGACCACAAAGAACAAAAACAAUUUUUGACUAUUAUUAUUUAUGAGGUGGAUCUAGAUCGUCUUCGUUGUGAGUUGCUUGCUAGUUUUCCGAGUAGACCCACACCUAACCUAACCCAGAUCGUGUUCGUCGUGAGCGAGAUGUAGUAGUGAUCUAAUCUCAACCUCCAAAACCAAGGCAUUGAAACGGAGAGCAAGCACCAAUGUAAAAAAUGUCACGAGGAGUACUUGAUGUAGUAGACAAGUCUUGUACCAGAGGACCUACCUCCAACUUAAAGGACCUACGUCCAUCUUGUUGUGCUACUUCUUCUAUUGUUGUUGACUUCAUACUGGCCGUAGUUACUCGGCAAAUGUUAGAGUUGAUAAAAAGACGAUCACGAUUUCGAUUAGUGUUAGAUGGAGGCAAUCAGUUUCCAAAUGCAUCAGAAUUUUUGAGAGCAUGAAGAUAAUGAGAGUUUGUCGCUUUCUUGCGUUUGCGAUGAAGAAAAUGAGAAGAAAAUGAAAACAAGUAGAAAAAACUACUUUUUUAGAAACAGCACGAACACUACUCCCUGCGAAGAGGGUCAUGGAAAUACUUGCCCUUAUUUGAUCAUGUGUCGACUACGUUGGCACGAAGACUGCUUUUCGCUCGUCCUUGUCCUCACUCGACGUCGUGUCCACAUGCAUCAAGUUCUGCGGAAUUGUUCGAAAGUUACAUUACGACUUCACUUGUUAAAUCUUGGGUAAAUUGAGGUCGGGCGAUCGAUCGCCUUAGCGCUUUCUGCGCUAAUUAGUUGGUGGCAGUUUAUGCCAUCAAUCCGAAGCUUUAAAGCUUACGGCGUUACAUGUUUUGAAUCUUGACGAUUGAGAACCCACCGCACAGAUGAGAUCCGAAAUAGAUCAGCUUUAGCCGGUUCUAAAUGUUCUACUAGAUCUCCGACAACGGUCAACGAAUUCAGCAAAACCCAUCUAACGAAUCAGAGCCAAACACCUCAGUCAUAACAUAGACCCCAAAUUAUCG